AACAUCAAGCCGCAUUUCCAGCACAAGCAGGACAGAGAGAAGGAGAGUUGAGCAAUGGCAAGAACCAAGCAGACCGCUCGUAAAUCCACCGGUGGUAAAGCCCCGAGGAAGCAGCUCGCUACUAAAGCAGCGCGGAAGAGCGCGCCAGCCACCGGCGGCGUCAAGAAGCCCCAUCGCUACAGGCCCGGGACCGUGGCUCUCCGAGAGAUCCGCCGUUAUCAGAAGUCCACCGAGCUGCUGAUCCGCAAACUGCCUUUCCAGCGGCUGGUGCGAGAAAUCGCUCAGGACUUCAAGACGGAUCUGCGCUUCCAGAGUUCCGCUGUCAUGGCCCUGCAGGAGGCCAGCGAGGCUUAUUUGGUGGGUCUGUUCGAGGACACCAACCUGUGCGCCAUCCACGCCAAGAGAGUCACCAUCAUGCCCAAAGACAUUCAGCUGGCCCGCCGCAUCCGCGGAGAGCGCGCUUAACCCGCAUCAGCGCAUCACCCCAACGGCUCUUUUAAGAG